AUGAAUUUGUUAGUUGAAGAUUUGCAGAAGAAGAUUGGAGAUUCAGCAACAGUUAAUUCAUUGAGAACAGUUACACAGAACUUCUUAGGAUCAAUCCAAGAUUUGGAUAAACGAUUGGAAGAAGUUCGUGUCCAAAUUCCUCUUUUAGUUACUAGGAAAGACUUGAACGAGAUCUUGACAAACUUGUCAUCCGGUUCAUCAUCAACCGACACAGCUGUUGGAAGACUUGGAUACAGAUGUUUACUCUGUGGAAAACCAGCAAGUACAACAGGAAUGAUCGCAGAAUCCGAACUUGCAAGAAUGCUUGGAACACCACCACAACAAUGCAAUGCACGCGAUCCAAAGAGUGUUUUGUUGUAUUCUAAAGAUGCUGGCAGACAAAGCAUGAAACAGAAGAAACUUGCACCUUUACCACCUGUUGGCCAACAAUAA